CAGCAGUCCCACUGUCAUCUUAAUCCUCACCACCAAUACACACAUAGGAUCUGAGCGGUGCAAUGUCAACGGUCUAAUAAAAACUGUUUCUGGACGCCAUUUUUGUCUCAGAUAAAAACCCCAAAUCCUCCACUGCUUCUCCUCAUAAACCCACUUUUUGUCUUGACAACAAAGCCUAAUACAAUUACUUGAAGAAGAAGAAGAAGAAAAGAGCAGAGACAGAUUGAAAGAAAAAUGAAGCUUGUUUGGUCAGCUGAAACAGCAUCAGAGGCAUAUAUUGAUACUGUUAAAAAUUGUGAGAUUUAUGAAGAAUCAAGUGUGGCAGAGCUUCUGUCAGCCAUGGCUGCAGGCUGGAAUGCAAAACUGGUUGUGGAAACAUUUACACAAGGAGGAGUUAUCACAACAAGCAUAGGCCUCUCAAUCGCCAGCCGACGCACGGAUGGACGACAUGUGUGUAUAGUCCCUGAUGAAAGGUCAGGAUCAGAGUAUGCACAAGCCAUGAGAGAUGUUGGGAUGGAACCAGAAGUCAUUGUGGGAGAGCCAGAGAAAGUGAUGGAGGGACUAACAGGGAUUGAUUUCUUGGUGAUGGAUUGCAGACAAAAGGACUUUGCAAAGGUGUUGAGGUUUGCAAAGUUGGGAAACAGAGGGGCUGUGUUGGUUUGUAAGCAUGCGAGCUCAAAAAAUGCUUUGAAUUUUAGAUGGAGAAGCGUUAUGGAGGGAUGUUCAAGGAGGGUUGUUCGUUCUGUGUUUCUUCCUGUAGGGAAGGGACUGGAUAUUGCUCAUGUAGCAGCCACCGGCGGCGGAGGCGGUUCGGGUGACGGUGGCAAACGUGCGAGCAGAUGGAUCAAGCACAUUGAUAGACAAUCUGGGGAAGAACAUCUAAUUAGAAGAUGAAUUGGAAUUGGAUUUGUCCACCUCUCCUUUCACCUUUUCAACUUUGGCUGACCUAUAACUUGAACAUUUUUUAUUUUUUUUUCGUUUGUUUGAUUAAUUAAUUAGACUGAACUACAGAGAUCAAUUAUUUUUUUUGCUAAUGAGCAGUAUAUCCUCCUCCAUUACAAGUAGUUUUGGAUCUUGAUAUGUUCAGGACUCGAUUGAUACAAUAUCAACAAUUAGUUGAUACAAUAUGUUCAGGA